AUGCAAUCAACAAAGGGUAAAUGUCAGACAGCUUCAGACACCAAUGGAGCCAAUAAAGAUAUAGUGACAGAGUGUGAUCUGUUACCAUCAACGGUGUCUCAGGGGGACCAUGAAAGAGAAUCAAAGAACAAGCCAAGAACAUCUGUGGGAAGAAGACCAUCGAGACAUGCAGCAGAGAAAGUUCAAUCAUACAGAGAAGUCUCACUUAAUAUUGUGCGUACCAAGUACUUUGAAAUGCCACCAUUGACCGUCUCCGAGGCAGUGGAGCAGCUGGAGUUAGUAGCUCACGAUUUCUACGGCUUCCAGAAUGAAGAAACCGGCACACAUGUCCACGCUGUUCUAUCUAUAAAAGAUUUUAACCCUAGAGCAACCAACAGGAAAGACCUCGACGAGGCUUUGAUCAACCUACGAGCAUCAGUGAGAGAACCCAUUCUGGAGGAUGCUGAGAAAGUGUGCUUCACCUGCCAUGGCAGAUUCAAUGGGACGGGGAUUGUAAACUCACUGAGGUGCAACCACAUAUAUCAUCAUAUAUGCAUCGUCGAGUGGUUUUACCAUAACCUAAGUUGUCCCACAUGCCGUGACACAGAUUUCUAA